UUGAGUAACUGUCACAAUUGUUCAUAUAUAUCAAGUAGAAAAGUGACAAUUGUUCAUAUAUAUCAUGUAUGAAAGUGGAACAGUCAUUUAGCAGUAAAUCAAAGGGCUGGUUGUGUAAUGAGUGAAAAAAAAAACUGAAAGAGUUGCAUGCAGUCUCAAGCAAAUAUUUAUGAAUGGGCAGAAACAGGGGGAUCUUUGUGGUCUGUCCACCCUGGGUAUUUCAAUCACCUUCUGUAGUUCAAAAAAGCAGCAAGCAGCACAAGUACACAGAUCAGGCCAAUGAGAUCAAGUCGCGAGACAAGGACGCAGUCAGUUAGAAUUCUGCGAGCCGUCCAGACGGUGUUUUGACAUUUUUGAGUGAUAUAAGCAGCGCCCCCGUGUUGAGCUGCAGACAUGGGACGUCCCGGACUGGUUUUUCUUCUGGCCCUCAUCUCCAUCUCGCUGCAGCAGGGGAACAGCCUGCCCUCCCGCACCAGGAAAGCAGUGUCUACCAGGCAGACAGAUGAGGAUGACCUGAAGUCCCAGAUCAAUAAGCUGUGGCUGGAGGUGAACUCACUGAAAGAGAUGCAGGCUCUGCAAACAGUUUGCCUCCGUGGCAUCAAGGCCCACAGGAAGUGCUACCUGGCCAUCGAGGAGCCGAAGCAUUACCACGAGGCCAACGAGGACUGCAUCGCACAGGGCGGCACGCUGGCCAUCCCGCGGGACCUGCUGGAGAACAACGACCUGAGGAACUACGCCCGGAGGGUCUCCCCGGGCUCCAGAGAGUUCUGGAUCGGGGUGACGGACAUCGUGAAGGAGGGCCAGUACGUGGACGUCAACAGCGUGCCGGUCGGCUUCUUCAACUGGGAUCGCUCCAAGAAGCAGCCCACCGGGGGCAAGAGGGAGAGCUGCGUGGCGCUGUCGCUCCCCGCCCAGGGCAAGUGGCACGACGAGGUCUGCCGCAGCCUCAAAAAGUACAUUUGCGAAUACCUCAUCCCAUAACCGGCGCGUCGGCGUGGUGACGGGUGGGGCCGCUGGUGCCCAGGUUCUUCAUGCUGGUCAUUAAAAGAGAUCUAAACAA